UCGAUGGACUGAUAUAGGUUAUGCGCCGCAAAGCAUGAGUCAAUGAAUACUUGUAACCACUGCAUGCAUUUAAUCAGAAAUGUAUUUGUUUCCCUCUAACAGUAAGGUAUUAAGAAAUGCAAUGGUAUUUUGUCAACUGUUGUCAUGAAAGGGUGUAAAUAUAGGUAGGGUAUAAAUAGCCUUUGAUCAUGACUCAGUUCCAUUCCAUUACACAUAAGUCAUUGGGCGAAGGUGGCUUCUGAAGUGGGGAAUUUUGUUGAGAUCCCAGACGCUGAACAUUUAACAUGCAUCGCUUGCAGUACGGUUUUGGAAGCAUAAGGACCUUAUCUUUCAUAUCAGCGAAAAAUCAUUUAAAAAAUGCUUAAUUGAUACACACCUUUGUACGGUUAGUGUUCCCACAAAGCCAUAUCUCCACGUUACAACGCUUGUUUGCUGAAAACAGAUUGAAGACAAGAGGCGAACACCUGUGCUAAUUAGCUGUCUAGCAUCCCCCGAACACUUGUGUGUAAACUUAACUCGGGAAGUGUAGUUUCGUCGGAUGGAGACACCCAUAGCUGUAUGGAUCUGUGCAAAACUGCUACAUACCUGAGGAUCUCUCGCUGGAAGAGAGGGAUGAGCUGUCAAACAUCCGGCGGAGGAAGAGAGAGCUGCUGGAUGAUAUUGAGCGCUUGAAGUUUGAGAUAGCUGAAGUCAUGACUGAGAUUGAGCAACUAACGUGUGUAGGAGAGAGCAAAAUUACACAGAGGAACAAACAGAUUGCCAUGGGGAGGAAGAAAUUCAACAUGGAUCCUAAGAAGGGGAUCCAGUUUCUCCUGGAAAACGACCUUCUGCAGCACACCCCAGAAGAUAUCUCUCAGUUCCUCUACAAGGGUGAGGGCCUGAACAAGACUGUCAUCGGAGAUUACUUAGGGGAGCGAGAUGAGUUUAACCUCAAUGUACUACAGGCGUUCGUAGAGCUUCAUGAGUUUGCUGACCUCAACCUCGUCCAGGCCUUAAGGCAGUUCCUGUGGAGUUUUCGUCUACCUGGUGAGGCUCAGAAAAUUGACCGGAUGAUGGAGGCGUUUGCCUCGCGGUACUGCGGCUGUAACCCUGGGGUGUUCCAGUCAACAGACACCUGUUAUGUGCUGUCGUUUGCCAUCAUUAUGUUGAACACCAGCCUGCACAACCCCAAUGUCAGAGACAAGCCCCCUGUAGAGCGAUUCAUCUCCAUGAACAGAGGUAUCAAUGAGGGAGGAGACCUGCCAGAGGAACUACUCAGGAAUUUAUUUGACAGCAUAAAAAAUGAGCCCUUCAAAAUCCCAGAGGACGAUGGCAACGAUCUGACACAUACGUUCUUCAACCCUGACAGAGAGGGAUGGCUACUGAAAUUAGGUGGAAGAGUGAAGACCUGGAAGAGACGGUGGUUCAUUCUGACUGACAACUGCCUGUACUACUUUGAAUACACAACAGACAAGGAACCUCGUGGGAUCAUUCCUUUGGAGAACCUCAGUGUAAGAGAGGUGGAUGAGCCCAGGAAACCUAACUGUUUCGAGCUCUACAACCCCAACCACAAGGGUUCGUUGAUCAAGGCGUGUAAGACUGAGGCGGACGGCCGGGUCGUUGAGGGCAACCACACAGUGUACAGGAUAUCAGCGCCCACCACAGAGGAGAAGGAGGAGUGGAUCAAAUCCAUCAAAGCAAGCAUCAGCAGGGAUCCUUUCUAUGACAUGCUGGCAACCAGGAAGCGGAGAAUAGCCAAUAAGAAGUGAGGAGGAGCGCCUGGCCACACCCUUCCCAUCAUCAGUGAUACCAGCAUAGACCCCGGUCUGUCCAGGAGACCAGGGGGGUCUCUUUCACUCAGCCCAGGGACAGGACACAUGGCUGCAUGGCCACAGCAGAGACCAGGGUAAGGGGAUGUAGUGGGGAAUUGACUUUGGAUGCUACACCUCUCCACUUCAUCAGUAUGGAUAAAGGACAAGAUGGGGAAGGGCACUUGAUAUUUUGGUCAUCAGUUUCUUUUCAGAUGUAUGUGUGAAUACAAUUCACACAACUGUAAAUUCUAUGAAGUGUGAAUGUACAGUAUUGUGAGGACACUGAGAAACCGUAUGGUCUGUGCUUCCCCAAUGUCCCUACAGACUGAGCUUUCAUCAGCCAUAUAAGCAUGGAUAUUGUUGCCCUCUAGUGCUUGAGUCGAGUAUGAUUUAAAUGUCAGAAGAGCCUCAAUUUAUGAAUCAGCUGGUCUGAUUUUCCACCCCUGAAAUGAUUGACACUAAUACAAUAGGGAUGGUUUUUAUUUUUUUUCAGUUUCUGUUUAACAAUGAGAUGCCCAUGCCAGAGAGAUCUCUGUGGUGAAGGAGAUGUGACACCAUUUUGUCUUAGAGCUAUAAUACAUUGUCAUGUUUGUGGGGCAGUUAUCUAAAACUAGUUUAUGUAUUGAUUCAAAGUCCACUGCUAUAAAUAAUUUGUUUUUCAUAUUUUCUCUAAUUACAAAAAUGUUUUUUUCAUCUUUACAUUGUGUGUGUAUAUACACUGUACAUAAUGUUUAUAAUUUGUGUUUCUGUAGCAUGUAAAAGUUAUGGCUAGCCUACACCUGCUUAAAGUUGAGCAUUACAGAGUACAUACUGCAGUGGAAGAACUCCAACUCCUAAGAGCAAAUGGAGGAAGAUAAACAGAUAAUGACGUAACAGCCAAGCCAGCUGGGUUUCACAUGGUGAAACAACUUCUCACUAGGGGCUCUACUCAAUCUGUAUCGCUGAAGUUCAGUGUCAUGAUUGAAAUUUAAAGGCAACGUUCCUGCGUUAGUGGUGACUGCAUGUACGGUGAACACACGUGUCGGCUUAAUCGGAAAUUACCUAUCGCGCAUUCUGUAACUCUUCAGUGAUCCAGACUAAAGAGCGCCCCAGGGUGAGACUGACAGAUCAGUGAACUUUCUACAGGUCCAAGUUGUGUAAAAGUUCACAAGAUUCUCAGCAUUGCAGGAGCCUUUCAACUCGUGAGGAUUUUGAAUAAAAUAGAAUGUUCAGAUA